AAACGCGCGUGAGAACAAAAAUGGAUUUUUCCAAAGUACAUCGUAAGCUCCUCUCAAUGGUACAAUCAAUACGGUGGUCAGAGGGUCACACGAUAAGAGCGUGGCUCCGAGCUUAUCAACGAUUUUGUAAUACUUUUCGACAUUUUUCAUUAAUCCCAAAUCAUACGAGCACAUGCGUCUGGUAUAGUGCAUGUAAAGACACAGUAGUGUAUUGUCGACACGAUACAAAACGCUUAAACACGGUUCGAACACACAAGCGCGAGAUUCGCAUUAUUCCAGUCGACGCGAUCGCCGUGAAUCGGUUUCAACUAGUGAACUCUUGAUUCUCCUCGCAGCAACGGCGACCUUUACACUGUCGCUAAAUCAACAUCGACCAAGGUGUAAUGCGGAUGUUAAGACUGAUCAAAAUUGGACGUGAAUCACGUCAUUUGCUGACCGCUGCGACUCGCGUUGUCAUCCAUAACGCCAGAUGUAUAAGUAACCUUAAGGGCAAAGUAAUAGCUAUAAGACGAGAGGAUCAGUCAGUAUGGGAGAGAAGGGCGCCGUUAGCCCCGCCGAACGUUCGUCGCCUCGUCAGAUCGGGAGUGAAGGUGAUCGUGCAACCCAGCAAUCGAAGGGCGUAUCCUGCCCAAGCCUACCAGGCAGCGGGUGCCCUGCUGCAGGAAGACAUCAGCUCAGCCUCCGUCAUCUUCGGCGUCAAACAGGUGCCCGUGGACCAACUGAUACCUCACAAGACGUACUGCUUGUUUUCGCACACUAUCAAGGCCCAGGAGAGUAACAUGCCUCUCCUGGACGCGAUCCUGGAGAAAAACAUACGUCUGCUGGACUACGAGAAGCUCACGGACGCGAAUGGCCAAAGGGUGGUGGCUUUCGGCAAAUAUGCCGGAGUGGCUGGUAUGGUGAACAUACUUCACGGUUUGGGCUUGAGACUGCUGGCCUUGGGUCACCAUACUCCGUUCAUGCACAUAGGACCGGCGCAUAAUUAUCGGGACUCAGCUAUGGCACGUCAGGCAAUCCGCGGUGCAGGAUACGAGAUCGCCCUGGGCGCCAUGCCGAAGUCGAUCGGCCCGUUGACUUUCGUCUUCACCGGCAGUGGUAACGUUAGCCAGGGUGGCCAAGAGGUCUUCCAGGAGUUGCCCCACGAAUACGUGCCGCCCGAAAUGUUGCGGAAAGUCGCCGAGCACGGUGAUACGACGAAGGUAUACGGCUGCGAGGUGCGACGCAGGCAUCAUCUGGAGAGGAAGGAGGGCGGCGGCUUCGAUCCCGAGGAGUACGAUCAGCAUCCGGAGCGGUACAUCUCCACUUUCAGCAAGAAGAUCGCGCCAUACGCCUCGGUGAUCAUCAACGGCAUAUACUGGGCGGUGGACUCGCCGAAGUUGUUGACGAUACCGGACGCGAAGUAUCUUCUUAGACCGGCUAACACGCCAUGGCUACCGAUAAGCGUCGGCGCACCCGCCCUGCCGCACAGGAUGCUCGGCAUCUGCGACAUAUCCGCGGAUCCGGGCGGCAGCAUCGAAUUCAUGAACGAAUGUACGACGAUCGACACGCCAUUUUGCCUGUACGAUGCGGACCGGAACAAGGACACGAAGUCCUUCAAGGGUCCUGGCGUGCUGGUUUGCUCGAUCGACAAUAUGCCUACGCAACUGCCAAGGGAAGCGACGGAUUUCUUCGGCAAUCUUUUGUAUCCGUACGCCCUGGACAUCAUACAGUCGGACGCGAAAAAGCCGCUGGACGAGCAUAACUUUAGCCCUGCCGUGUACGGUGCCAUUAUCGCGUCCAAUGGAAAAUUAACGUCCAAUUUCGAGUACAUUCAGGAACUCAGACAGCUUAAUCAACGCAGUAAGCACAAAGCCGAUAACGGAGAACAGCAGAGCAAAACGGUGGUCGUCCUCGGCGCAGGAUACGUUUCCGCUCCCUUGGUCGAGUAUUUGCACAGGGAUAAGAACAUAAGGCUAGUGGUGGCUUCACAGUUAAAAGACGAGGCUGACGCGUUGGCCAAUCGGUUCUCCGGUGUAGAGCCGGUCUUCUUGAACGUCCUGGAUCGCCCCGAUACGUUGCACGACGUGAUAAAGUCAUCGAACGUGGUCGUUUCCCUUUUACCGUAUUCGCUGCAUCACGUCAUCGCCAAAGCUUGUAUAGAAACUAAGACACACCUGGUGACAGCGAGCUACAUGAACGAAGACGUCAAGGCGUUACACGAAGAAGCCCAAGAAGUAGGUGUUACCGUGCUGAAUGAAGUCGGAUUGGAUCCCGGCAUCGAUCAUCUUCUGGCAAUCGAGUGUUUCGACGAUGUGAGACAAGCGGGUGGCAAGAUAGAGUCUUUUGUCUCGUGGUGCGGCGGCUUGCCCGCGCCGGAGUGUUCCGACAAUCCUUUGAGGUAUAAAUUCAGCUGGUCCCCACGAGGCGCACUGCUAAACACCUUGGCGCCAGCGAAGUACCUUCACGAGGGUCAGGAGGUAGAGAUCGCGGGAGGCGGCGAUUUGAUGUCCACCGUGCAGGACCUGGACUUCCUUCCGGGCUUCGCUUUGGAAGGCUUCCCCAAUCGUGACAGCACGAUAUAUAGAGAUUACUAUGGAUUGCAAAACGCGAGCACCGUGCUGCGUGGUACGCUCAGGUUCAAGGGAUUCUCAGAUACCAUACUAGGUCUGCAAUUGCUCGGUCUGAUCGAUCCCAAUCCACAUCCAAUUCUACACCCGAAUGGUCCGGAUAUCACCUGGCGAGUGUUGGCGUGCAACUUGCUUGGUCUGGCGAACGACAACAUCUUCUACGGAAACCUGAAGCAAAAAUUGGCGGAAAGAGUGAACUCGUGGGAGCGCGUGAAGGCCAUCGAGGAACUGGGUCUCCUGGAAGAGGACCUGGUCUUGAAAUUAAACACCCCUCUCGACACGCUUACGCAUUACCUGUCGAAGAAACUCUAUUAUGAGAAAAACGAACGCGAUCUCGUGAUACUAAGGCACGACGUAAGUAUACUUUGGCCGGAUAGUAGGAGGGAAUCCAGAGGGAUCAACCUGGUGCUUUAUGGAGACGCUGCCUCUGGACAAUCCGCAAUGGCGCGUACCGUCGGUUAUCCCACGGCUAUCGCUGUCAAAAUGAUUCUGGAUGGUGAAAUUCAGCAACGUGGAAUGGUGCUGCCUUUUACGCCCGACAUAUAUCGACCUAUUCUUAAUCGACUGAGAGCUGAAGGUGUACAAUCCUUUGAGACUUCUAAAUGGUUGUAACUGAUGUACCAUAAACUGAUAACUGAACGUAAUUUUUUUGUCAAUGUACAUAUACUUUGCAGUAGAAAAACUCUAAAGUGUAUUUCACUGUCAUUUACACAUAAUAUACGAAAAAUGAAAAAUUUUUAUAAAUUUUAUAAUUUAUAACAAUUUUUAUACUUAUGUUAAAUAUGUGCACUAUUGUGUAAGUAUAGUAUUAUUCUAAUUAAAAAAAAAAAAAUUAAAAAAAACGAUAAAGAAUAAUUUCUUUUCAUUUUCUAUUAUACUUAUUUAUAUAUGUAUAUUAAUGAUUUUUAUAUCAAAACUAUUUCUAGAUUAAUAAACAUUUGAUAGGAAAGUCAGGAAGACGGGACCUUUAAUUUGAUAUAUUUAACAUUUAUUGAUAUUACCACCCCUGCGUGGAAAAUCGCUAACAAUACAAUGAUAUUUCGCUUAUUGCAAUCUUUUUGUCUCAGUAAGUCUAAUCAUCUUAAGAUAUAAUUAGAAUGAUAACACAGGAACACUCUCGCCUCUACGCGUUACGAUUUGAUUGAAAAA